AUGGCUUCACUUAACAAGAUAAUGAAGCUGGACUACAUAGAAGAGGGCUUGAGUAGCCUCGACCAUCACUCUUCCCUCAGCAAGUUUGGUUUCAGAGACCAAGAAAUUAGGCAGAUGAAGUAUGGCCUAAGGGAGAAGCUGGACAAGUACACCACUACUGUCAAAGAGGGUCUGGUAAUGGGGAAGAUGAUUAAAUGUGGUAGGGUGCAGGGUGGUCUUUAUUUGCUUGAUGAUGGUUGUCUCCCUACGGCUACAGCAUCAACUACUCCUCAUCAGUUAUACUCUGCUUCUUCUGAAUUGAAUCAAUGCUAUCUACUUUUGGAGGAGGCUGUACAAGAAAAGGGGCUUCGGGAUAAUACGGGCUGUAUAGUGGUCGAUAUAUUACCACCAGAGAAGACAACUCCUACACUACCGCCUAAGAAGCCAGUGAAAGGGGUUUUCAAGGCCAUGUUCCACAAAAGGACUUCAGAAUCAUCAUCUUAUAUGGAUAAGGGAUAUGUUGAGCCAGAUGUUGUAGAGGAGAUAUAUGAGGAAGGUUCAGCUAUUCUUGCAAAAAGGUUAGAUACAGAAUAUCCAUUGUGCAACAUGUUCAAGUUAUUCAUGUGCGUAGUUUGUCAGAUAGAGAUGAAACCUAGAGAUGGUAUUUCUGUACAUGCUAAUACUUCAAAUCCAAGAAAAGUUCAUCCUUGGGAUGGUCCUUUCCUUUGCUUAAACUGUCAAGCAAAGAAAGAAGCCAUGGAAGGGAAAAGACCAUCAGGAGGUACAAUAAGCCUCUUUCUCUAA